CUAAAAAAAAAAUCAACAUUCCACCACAAGAGCAAAUUGUUUUAAAAGCGCCUACGCUGCCACCAUCAACAUCCUCUUUUAUAACAUCGGCAACAAAUUUUGCAAUAUAUCCUGCUGUUGUUUCGGGCCAUAACUUUUUUGCGUUGUCGUCGUCGUCAUCAACUCCAUCGUCAUCGACAUUAAAAAUUUGUGAUACUAUAUCGAGACACCACAGCAACAGCAACGCCAUUGAGAAGCAAGCAAUUGUUAGCAGGCGCCAGAAAAUUAAAAACGAAAUUAUGGAACCGUAUUGGAGCGAAGCAAACGGACAUGCUCCACACUCGGUGAAGUAUGAAAAUGAGGCAGCAGUAUCCAGUUUUCCUUAUUGUACAGAAUCUAGUUUAAAUUUUUCAACAAAUGCCACCGCCUACAGUGAGGAUGAUGCAGAAUAUGCCACCGGAAGACGUAAUAAAACCUCGAGGCAAGAUCCAUUGUCACAUCGUAUUAUUGAGAAGAGACGACGAGAUCGGAUGAAUUCAUGUUUGGCCGAUUUGUCACGCCUAAUCCCACCGCAAUAUCAACGUAAAGGGCGUGGUCGUAUUGAAAAAACAGAAAUCAUUGAAAUGGCCAUACGCCACCUAAAACAUUUACAAAGUGAAUGUCUGCAAAAAGAUAAUGAAUAUCGCACGGGCUAUACGGAUUGUAUGAAAGAGGCGGCAAAAUUCCUAUACGAUAGUCAAAUGCAAGAAUUUUGCUAUCGUCUAUUGGCCCGCCUGCAAGAGCACUGUGAUGAGAUCAUGAAAAAUGAUUGUUUCCGUAAUCGUAGCGGUUGUCAUGCCUCGGAUAAUGUUAGUGCUUCUAGUGGUAGUCCACAUCAAACGUUUCAUCCGGUGCCACCAUUAUGCCAAUUACGCGAUAUGUUGGGCACUUCCGAUAUUGAGCACAGCAAUGAUCACAAUGAUGUUAAAGAUCUCAGUUUCCGCAAUCACAUUAAUCAAUUGCAACGCAAUGUUAAUGUCAAUCAAAUGGAUAGCAAUGCCAAUGAUGGUCAUGGUAUCGCCGGUGUGACUAAUAAUAGCAACAAUAACAUUACUAGUAAUUCAACUACAACGGCUUCUGUGUCGGGAGUAACUUCAAAUAAUAAUAAUCCAACAAGUUCAACAACAACGGCUGGUAAUUUGGGUCUGGCGGGCAGUGGUAGUUCAACAGCUCAUCAACAAAACCAACAACAACCCCAUCAAGCUCCAGUUAUCACCUCAACUGCGCCUGCUUCCCUGCAUCAUCAUACAGAUUCCAGUAAUCAUGAUUUUGAUUCAUCCCGAGAGCCGCUUCUACACACCGACACUUCAAAUAUGCACUCACCACCUCCACGCGAUACUCUACUCUCAAAUCAUCAUCAUCAUCACCAUCAUCUCAACAAUACACAUGCGCAUCUGGGCCAUCAUCAGGACAGCAUGCUGCAGGGACGUUUGCGCAAUUACUCCGAGUCAUCGCAUGAUAUUGAGCACAACAAUAACUACAAGUACAAAAAUCACAUCAAAGAACGUUUCAAUCACGAACUGCACGACGAGGAGACAUCCAGUGAACAUGGUCCUGCCCCGCCUUUGUUACAAAGUGAAAAUUCACAUGCCCAUUCCGAACAUUCGAAGGACGGCACUGAGCCCGAGAUUGCACCAAUCAUCGCCAAGAAACGUAAAUUAGCAGAAGCUGCUAGUAGCCACAAUGACAGCACUACCGAUGACACUGAUGUCCGUAUGGCUCCAACAUCAAGAACCAACAAUACCAACCUGUUGAAUUCAGUGGCUAGAGAUGAGAAGCCAUUUGGUCCAUUUAGUGACAUUAAAACAGAAGCUUCCACGGGACCUCUCAUACACAAUAAAACCCACUUAAGUGCUCCCACCAGUACCACCGCCCCACUGCCGGCUCGUAGCUUUGCUGUGCCCAUCUUUGCUUUGCACAGCCAAGGCACCUACUAUGUACCCCUCAAUGUGGACUACAAUGUGCUGAUACCCUUCCUCAAUGGUGUCGAUCUAUUGGAAAAGAAUUUCACCUCAAUGCCUGUCGUGCAUCCCAUAAACAUUAAUGUCAAUUUUAUGCCCACCUCAUCUGCAUCCCUCUUGGCCGUUGCCGCAGCAGCAGUGGCUGCUGGUAAACAGCAACAACAACAAACGUCAACGGUACUAAAUGGUUCCGUUGCCACGGCAGCCGCCAAUGCAGUGGCUGCGGUGGCUAAAGCCAAAUUUGAAGCCAUCACAAAUGUGGCGAAUGGUUGGUGAAUAAAAUAUUUGAAGGCAUUAUUUACUCUAAUUGAGAAAAUAAAAACAUUAUAAAUCAACAAAUUGAAUACGAAUUUCAAUUCAAUUCUAUAUCAUUUCGUCCAAAGGAGCCAGUCGUCCAUCAACUGCCCAACUUUUCAAAUUCGAAAUGGAAAUUGAAUUUAAAUUUUGUACAUAAAAAAAUCAACUACAACAACAAAUACUAAUAGAAAACCUAAAUAGAAGAAAAAAAAACAAGAAAAUGAAAUGGAACAACUACCUCAGAAUUCUGUGAAAAUAAUCAUAUAAUGGUUUUUAUAGCUAGAAUCUAAAAGGUACAUAUUGUAUGUAUUUGAUACACAAAAACACUAAAAAUAUGAAAGGAUAUACACUACAAUAAGCAUAAAUGCCAUUGCAAAACAAUUUGGUAUGCCAUAUUUUGCAAAUGUAGCUAUGCCUGCUGUAGCGCAAUAGAAAACUCUUUUAAUUUAUUUAAAAACGGCUACAAAGCUAUUUUUUCCAUCUUUUUGAUGUGGGACAAUGCAGAAUACAUAGAUUCGAUACCAAAAAAUUCAAUUCAUAUUGCGAGUUAUCGAUAAAACUAAAAUUUUUCGAUUUGAAAAAAAACCUCAGAAAUUGUUUUUUUUACGUUCUAUAAUGCGCUAAAAUGGUAUGUUGGCAUCACUGCGAACAAUAUAGAACCGUUAUUUUCUGUUGUUUGUUUAUAAACAUUGUUGCUGGCAGUUUGAUUUCGUAAAAUCAACAAUAUUUAAGCUGUCACAUGUCACAUGUUUCUUACGAAAUGUAAGUCAAGAGAUUUAGAAAUAAAUAAUUAAUGUUCAAUGUGUUGAGUUUUAAAUGACUUAAAUGUUAGAAGCAUAGAUUUAUACACAUAGAUCGGAAACUCUGCUGUCAAAGACCUAACUCAGUUGGUGAGAAUGUAUUAUAGAAGAAAAAUGUGUGAAAACAAUGUGUGAUUAUUUUGAGUAAUUUUUUUGUUUCACAUUUUUUUAUAGUUUCCACCCUAUGUGUAUUUUUCAAUGGUCAGAAGUACAAUCUAAGAAUAUGUAUGUACUUCAAUAGUGCCAGUAGCAAAAGUUUAAACAUAAAGGCGAUUCAAUUCACAGCUUUUUGCAAGCGGUGCUAAAGCUAAAACACAAGCGUAGGCCGGUUCUACUAAGUGCAAGUUUUUUGAAAAUUUUUUUUAAAAUUUUGUUUAGAUUUUCUAAGAAAACGACUGAAAUUAACUUUAAGCUUGAAAAAUUACAAAAACUAUAACAGCGUUUAUACAAAUACAAAUAUAUAUUCUAAAUAAAAAGUUUCAAUAAAACCACCGAUUUUUUUUUUUUGUUUUUUGAUUUAUUAACAAAACCUCAUAGGAAAAUAAAUAACAAAACUGAAGAUUUGGCAUUUAGUGUAAACGCUGUAAUAAACGUUAAUUUUCAAAAUAUGGCAAAUAGUUAAAUAAUGAAUUCUGUAAAAAUUUCUAUUUUAAGAAGAAUAUUGUUUAACUUGUUUAAUAAAGUCUACAAUGAUUAGUUCGGCUGGGCCGAAUCUAAUAUACCCUCUACCUUAUUACGAUAAAAAAUUAUUUUUUCAUUCAAAAUUUAUAAUUUAACUUGGCUAUCACAAAAUCUCUUAUUCUUGACAAUUUAAAAACUAAAAACUUUUCUCCAUGUUUUGUGCAAUUGAUUUAGAGUGUUGGUCCAAAAUCUUUCCGAAAUUUGUGGACCGAGCAAGACUGAUUAAAAAAAAUAGAAAUUGACAAAUGGAAAAAGUUCUUGUGGGCAGGGGGUAUACAAAAGAAAUUAAAGAGGAAACAUAUUAAAAGAUUUAAAGUAACAACUGAUUGAAAUUUUAAUAAAAUUCAAUAUUAAUUACACAUAUUCUAUAAGUUUCUUUGUUACAAAAAUGUUCAAUAUAUUAGUUUAUGCUUUGUACCUGUUGAAAAAGUACUAUUUUAAAUAAUACUUUUUGUUGUAAUUUAUAUAAAAUAAAAAAAUA